CCAAGGGCCGACUGCAGAAGAGCAUAUCACGCCGGUAUCUCCUGUAGCUUUAAGAAAAACGUCUGACUUUAAGCUGGGUGUUCAAACUGGUGACACUGCCACCGGGGAGUCUGUAGAUCGGUGGAGGUCGGGCACCAGCAAACCAAGGGAAUAUAAAAUCGCCUUAUAAGACACCUGGAGUAUGACUAAGGGGGUUAGGGUAAAUUCACUAUACAACCCGGACCCGUCUUCGUAGCAAAUAUGCUGUUGACUGCGUUGACUGAUUUUAAUUCCAAGGUAAAUGCUGUGGACGGUGUGGAAAUGCUGCCAAAGCCCAGAAAAGCCCUGACCAUCCACGAGAUAGCAGCACUGGCCUGGUCGUCGCUCUACGGUAUCUCCCAGGUGGUGAAGGAGCACGUGACCAAGCCCACUGCCAUGGCACAGGGCCGGGUGGCCCAUCUGAUCGAGUGGAAGGGCUGGUGCAAGCCUGUGGAGUCUUUCAGCACACUGGAGACUCACCUGACUUCCUACCGCCACCUCAGUGAGGGAGAGCAGGAAGCACGCUUUGCUGCAGGGGUAGCUGAGCAGUUCGCCAUCGCUGAGGCUAAGCUGCAAGCCUGGUCUUCCGUGGAUGAUGACGACCCCAAUGAAGACUUGCAUGAGGAAGGCUUCUCCCCUGAAGAUGAGCUUCCACAAAAUAUCCAGGUUGAAGGCCCAGCCCCAUCGGAGAGCCCACUAAGCACCCAUUGUUCCAGAUUCCACAGCUUUGAGGUUCAGCUGCAGGGCCACACCCCUGAGACCCCCCCCUCGCCCACCUUACCUGCAUAUUUUGCAUCUGAAAUCCUGGCCGCACUGCAGGGAGCUUGCGACCCUUCCAGUCCAGCUGAUGAAGACUCUUCUUCUUCUUCCUCGCCUUUUGAGUCGUUGAUAGAGACUGAAUAUCUCCCGGAACAUGAUGGAAGCAGAAAGAUAUCUGAUAUGAGCUUGUUUGAGGUGAUUCCCCUGGAAGAGAAAGUGGAAGAGGGGUGAUGUCAUCUCUGAUUCGUCUCUCUUCACCAGGUGUUCAGUUAACUGGUGAUUCCUUGCUCAGCUUAAUGUAACAUUCCCUCUCUGGUAUUUAGCAGAACCCUUAACAAUUCACACGCAUCCAGGCUGCAGUCUCAACAUGGUCUCACCCCAACCUUAAUCCCAGCUCAACAUAUCCAUGACCAGAUUCCUCUUGCUAUCUCUGUUUAGCAUCCUUACAAUCCAUCCACGCACGUGUGGAGGUUUGUGCGGAUGAGAAUGACCCGCCUAGGAGACAGAACACCAACGUGCUUCUCCCACAAGUGACCUGGCUUGGAGUUGAGUUUUUAUUUCUGUAUAUUCUGAACACCCUCGGCUUAAUGCUCCACUCCUGAGAGAUGCUGUUGUGUGGAAUCUCUUCCCCCAUGCCGGAAGGAUACCAGUCCCAGUAUGAUGCACUGGGAGACUUACCAGCCUGCUGAAAUGUUCUUACAGACCAGGUUACAUCUUUCUCGAGUAUUUCUCUACAGAGAUCUACUUUUAUUGCACUAGUUUUCUACCAUUAAAAUGUUGUUCUGGUAAUUAUUAUGCCUUUGAUUUUCAUUCUGGUGGCAUAUUAUGUGAUGGAUGACAGGAAUUUGUUUUUCUAAAAUGAUGAAUGUCAUCGAAGGCAAGACCUUUUGAGGUGUAAUACGUAUGGAAAGAAUUUUGGAACUGUAGAUGAAAUAAUCAUGAAAAAAACAGAAUAUUGUGUAUUUGUGUUAAUACAGUAAAGUUGUACCAUCAUUCA